CCUUGACGGCACACAGACACAACCUCCGAAAAUUAUUCAAAGCUGUUGAGGAUCCUUUCUUCUCUUUCUAUCUCGUGUAAAGCUCUUGCAGCCAUUGCCUCUUUUUCUGUCAAGGUAGAGAGUUUUCGACAAUAGCCUACCUUCUCUCAAUUCACUUCUAAUGUUCUACUGAACGACUUGCUACAUUCCUUCGUGAUACUACUUUAGUAGAUCCAAGUGUGGGCGCACGGCCUCUUUCUAAGCUGGUCUAUACCGCGUGAUCAGCUUUGACUCCUGCUAUUCGCAAUCCACAACAGGACGACUACGUCAGAGCCUCCAUCCUACCCCUCCACGAGCGAGCCGCUCCUGGAACCACGUACAUCUCACAAUGGCAUCCUCGCCCUCCGUAUACCUCGACAAACCGGCGGGAUCCCUCUUCACCUUCUGGCCGUUGCCAGAGGAGCCGCAACCAAUACCGCCGCCACACUUCGCCGCCCCUCUCGGCAUCACCAUCCCAGAUGGUUUAUAUCAGUCGGCAUUGGACGCCAAGGUGCCCAUCACCAUUGCUUUCCUGUACGCGGUCAGCGCGAAGCUGCUGAAUUCUUACAACCAGUCGACUGGCAAGAAGCCGUGGGCAAUCAGCAAGACUCGAGCUUUCCGAUUGUUCGUUGUUUUACACAACGUGUUCCUAGCUGUGUAUUCGGCAUGGACGUUCUGGGGCAUGUUUGUGGCAUUGCGCAGCUCUAUCGUGAGCCCGAGCGGACCCAAUGGCCUGGCAGGGACCGUAGACAGCUUCUGCAAAUUCCAUGGCACAGGUGGAAUCGGCAAUGCCAUCACGUACAACCAGGAACAAAGCAAAUGGGAGACUGGCUCUGGCAAUUCGUAUCUUACCAGCGAGGGAGCUCCCAGCCGUGUUGAUGUUGGAAGACUCUGGAACGAUGGUCUGGCUUUCUACGGGUGGAUCUUCUACCUGAGCAAGUUCUACGAGGUCCUUGACACCUUUAUCAUCCUCGCCAAGGGCAGACUUAGCUCGACCCUCCAGACAUACCACCACGCCGGUGCAAUGAUGUGCAUGUGGGCCGGCAUGCGCUUCAUGUCUGCGCCCAUCUGGAUGUUUGUCUUUGUAAAUUCGGGAAUCCAUGCAAUGAUGUACACUUACUAUACUAUCACCGCCUUCAACAUCCGCGUACCUCAACUGAUCAAGCGCACGCUGACCACUCUGCAAAUCACCCAAUUCCUCAUUGGCGCAUCUUACGCCAUGGUGCACUCUUUCGUCUACUACACGGUCCCAGUGCAGGUCCCCAUCCAGUCCGCGGCCGCAGCAGCAUCGAGCAUUGUCUCUGUCGCGACCACGACCCCGACCGCCGCCGCAGGACUCCUCGACUCCCUUAAGAAAGCUGUCUUUGGAGCAGCCGAGGCGGCCAACGGAGCUGCUAUCGUGUCUACAGGCGACAACGAGACCAGCGCAAUCUCAUCCUCGGCCUACGAGAUUCAAUUUCAAAAGACUCCUUGCAUCACGACGUCUGGUGCCACUUUCGCUAUCUGGCUCAAUGUCCUGUAUCUGGCACCAUUGACCUAUCUGUUUGUCUCCUUUUUCAUCGCGAGCUACGUCAAGCGCAGCAAUGCCGAGGCAGCCCGAGCACGCGCUGCACGAAAAAGCGGUGGUAGCGAGGACAGACGGCUUAGCAAUGCCAUGCUGGCAGCUGAGAAGGCAGGCUGGGACGCGGCUAGGAGCAUUGAGAAGGAGGUGUACGGUCAGAGCGGCGAGUCGGCCGUCAUCGACGAGGAGGAAGAUGAACAGCCCAUUGACGCUAGUGGCAGUGCCAGCAGGGUGUUGCGAAAUCGAACGAACCUCAACGUACCGAGGGCAAACGGCAACGGUAAGAAGUAUUGAUGAAUCUAAACUGGCAAGUUCCAAGGUCACGGCUGUGGGACAGUAGACGUUGAGGAAGAAAAAAGAAAUGAUCGGGGCGUUUACGGGGAAUGCAUUGGAGUCACAGCAUUGUUUCCAGAGACCAGUAUACCAUGAUUGGUCACUGGUAGAGGAGGGACACUAGGAAGUGUAGCUGGGACGGAGGAGCAUUUGCAGUAACUUGGAGGGUUAAACAAAUAGGCCGGGUCGGCGCAAAAAGUUUGACGAGUUUACUUGGAAUGUGUAUCUAGACAUCAGAGCUGGCAUGGACCGUCGUAUACUGAUACUAAUCGAAUAUUAUCAACGAAGAAAAA